AUGUCUACACCCUCUACCGCUUCGGCCCUUCCACCUCUCAAUUUCAAUAACACAUACGACUACAAUCACCACCGCCAUCCUCACCAACACCAACAUCCUCACCACAUUCUCCCGGUCCGCCACGCACCUCUCCCCAGUCCACUACAAUAUCAACCUCCGGUGGCUCCGGCCUCCACAACAGCCACAGCGAACUCUGCGACUCCAACUUCUUCAGUUUCUGCUUCCUCAGACUGUUCAUCAACCCUCUCGGCUAUGGCUUCCAGAUCCCAACCUGCCUCGAGGAAAAAUCCUAAACGACCCGUCGAUUGGGACGAAUACUUCAAAAAUGGUCCUCCUAAAGAGAUUAUAGUGAUAGAUGACUCCCCGCCUCCGCAACCCGCCCCAUCUGGCGGGAGCAGACAGCAACCCAGUACUGUGUCGCGUACAGCACACAUGACUGGACACUAUAACCUCGCAAAUGGUUCUGGGGGACAGAUCCUUCAUACAGAUAAAAAGCGAAAGACUACACAGUACGAUCCUGGUUACCCAGAUCAUCACUCGUAUUCUUCCACUCAAACACCGCACGCUUACGGAUCCCCAACGACGUUAUCUACCCAUUCGAGUACUGUUAGCAUCAACGGGAAUUCUUCAACAGCUGCAACAUCAUUGGGAUCAACUGGGAUCGGGACUGCCGGGCCUUCCUACGCUCCUCAAGCUGCUGCAGCAGCAACCGUCGGCCCAAAAAGGAAAAGGGUCACUAGAGCGAGUCAUGCUGCAGCUGCAAACACCAAUCUUGAUGCCUUUGCUAGUUAUCAUCCUCCUCCAAAACCUCCGAUAAAGGCUAAAGACGUCUAUGUUAUGCAAGUCCAAGAUAAUGACCGCAACCUAGGUGUAAGGGUUGACGACGAUGAUGGUCAUUAUAUCAUAACACCUGACACCGAUUUAACAACACGAUACCACAUAACAAAACUUCUGGGACAAGGGACAUUUGGCAAAGUUGUCGAGGCGUACGAUCGUGUCAAGAGAACUAAGUGUGCCAUCAAGGUCAUUCGCUCAGUUCAAAAGUACCGUGAUGCCUCACGCAUCGAAUUAAGAGUUUUAUCUACCUUGGCCUGCAACGAUAAGGAUAAUAAGAACAAGUGUAUCCAUCUACGGGAUUGCUUUGACUACAGGAAUCAUAUAUGUAUUGUUACGGAUCUACUUGGAAUGAGUGUUUUCGAUUUCCUAAAGGCCAAUACUUUUGCGCCAUUUCCAAACAGCCAUAUUCAGAGCUUUGCCCGUCAGCUAUUGACAAGUGUUGCUUUUCUCCACGAUCUUAACUUGAUCCACACUGAUCUCAAGCCUGAGAAUAUACUCUUGGUACACAAUUCGUUUAUAAAUUAUGCCUACAACCGGCCAAUUCCUUCUUCCUCAACAACUACACAACGCCAAGGCCGCUCUCGUAGAGUUCUUCUGGAUACUGAUAUUCGACUCAUUGAUUUUGGGUCAGCAACCUUCGAUGACGAAUAUCAUUCAAGCGUUGUCUCUACUCGCCAUUACCGUGCUCCGGAGAUUAUACUAGGGCUGGGAUGGAGCUUCCCAUGUGAUUUGUGGAGUAUCGGUUGCAUAUUAGUUGAAUUUUACACAGGGGAUGCUUUGUUCCAAACCCACGAUAAUCUUGAGCACUUGGCCAUGAUGCAAGCCGUCUGUGCCCAGAAGAUUGACACAAGAUUAGUGAGGUCCGUUUUGGGGAGAAAUGGUAACAGUAAUCAUUCGUCCACCCUCAUUGGAAAGUACUUCAAGGGUGCACGGCUGGAUUAUCCAAAUACCGAGACCACCAGAGCUAGUAAGAAAUACGUAAAUGCCAUGAAAAGUUUACCAGAUAUAAUUCCUCCCAACACUCGUUUCAACAAACAGUUUCUCGAUCUACUCAAAAGGAUAUUUGUGUAUGAUCCAAGCAAGCGCAUCACAGCAAAAGAGGCAUUAAAACACGACUGGUUCAAGGAACCUUGUUCGGACGAGGGUACUGAGGCAGCCAAAGCUCGGGAUGACAAGCUUGCCGAAAAGGCUGCAGCCCAGGCUCACGCUCAGGCGCAAAGGGAACUAGAUGGGUACUGA